CAGAAGGCACUGGCGGAGCUUGAGGAGCUCUUUAACCACUUCGACCAAGACGGCAGCGGGGAGUUGUCGACGGCGGAGGUGGGAGAGUUGCUGGGAACGAUGGGAACGAACCUGAUGCCGGAGGAGCUGGAGAAGCUGGUGAAGCUGAUGGACAAGGAUGGGUCGGGAGAGAUCUCGCUGGACGAGCUGGCGUCAGUGAUGCUGUCGAAGAGGCAGAUGACCAACAAAAACAUCAAGCUGACCGAGGUAGGAGAGGAGCUGUUCGCCAUGUUCGACAAGGACGGGAAGGGAGAGAUAUCGCUGGAUGAGAUGAUCGAGACAUUCGAGUCGAUCGGGAAGAACUGGGACAUGGACGACGUGGUGUCCUUCUUCGAGCUCAUCGACCUCGAUGGAAGCAAGAGCAUCAACAAGCAAGAAUUC